ACAUGUAGUCUCAGAUAUUGUAGCGUAGCCUUAUCAAUGUUACCCUUGAAAGCUCUGAAUAGUAGGAUGAAAGUAACUAGUCUAUAUAUACACUCACUUUCCAUAAAUACCACAAGAAUGUUACAACUUCUACAGUUUCAAACUUCAGUUCCCACUAUUAGAAUUUCACAACACUUGCCAGGAUGCUGAAGAGGCUUCCCAAGGUUAUAAAGCUUUAAACAAGAGUAGCAGAAAAGACUGUGUUUGUGCCGUAAGGAAGAGGAAAUCUGUGCUCUGGUGUUAGUGUGUGCCUGAACUUCUGCCAUAAAGUGUCAUAUGCACUUCCCUAGCUAUUGAUAGGCCACUAACAACAUUACGAUCAUUGUGUUUCUGGUGGGUUUUGUGCUUGACUGAAUUGCAUUGUGGAGCUAGGAAAUGUGACUGGAUGGUGAGAGCUCAGACAGGAGAGGCCAUCUAGGGUAAUAAAGGUUAGACCAAAGCGUCAGCUUCGCCUCAGAAUGAAAGUUUCUUCUCUGUAACACCUGAAAGCACCAGAUACCAGGUUUUGCUGAGACGUGCUUCUGUUUCUUUCUAGUUAAAUCAGUUUGUUGCUAAAUAGCAUAACCUUCGCUUUUGAACACUACAGCAGUGAACAUCCAGUUAGAGAGGUGAUAGGCAGGGAAUCGCUCCCUGGGGGAACAAAAAAGAACUGUAUUACUCAAGGUCAUUCUUUCCAAAACAAAUGCAUGAAGGACGGGGCACAAAGUGUGCGUGCAAGUGGAAAAACAGCGUGUAUGACGCAGUGGAAUUCCCUCUGAAUGUGACAGUAGGUCAUAAGUAGCUUUACGUGUUGAGUCUCAGCAGGGUUUAUUGAUUUGAAGCUAUCGACUGCUUAACAGUCCAGGUUGUUAAACUCAUAAUAUGUUUAUUUGGAUUUAUAAAACAAGUGGGAAUAUUUAGAAAAUCUCACAUCCUUUAAAAAAAUAAAAUUUAGGUUUAACUUAUUUUAGUAAGCUAGCAAAUGAAAACCUUUUUCAAAGAAAGAGUGUAUUUGCUUUCGGUAAAGCAAAGUAUGGGUUUUUUUCUCAACAGUCUUGAGGAUAAGUGAACUGCUGUGGAAGCCAACAGACCAUUAAUGAGUGGGUUCACAGAGCUCUGGGGCUCUUCCAGAGAGUAGCGUGCUCUUAACUUGCUGUCUUUGGUGCCAGAGAGCGUUCUUAGAGCAGUGGUUUCACAUCCUGUCUCUUGUGCUUGUCUGACCCUUUAUGAGGCUCAUCCAGUGUACAAAGUUGUCAACUUGCUAUAGUUGAAAUAGCUCUGUUGGAAGCAAUGCUGGAGGAAGGUGGGCAUGCCGCAGUUGGUGCGUCGGUCCUGCCUCUCAGAUGAAGAGACCUGUCCUGUGCCGUCAUUUGGAAAUACUCUCUAUGCAGAUAUAUGCAGAGUCUGCCGGUCUGAAGGAACUCCUGAGAAACCCCUCUAUCAUCCAUGUGUGUGUACUGGCAGUAUUAAAUUUAUUCAUCAGGAAUGCUUAGUUCAAUGGCUUAAACACAGCAGAAAAGAAUACUGUGAACUAUGUAAGCACAGAUUUGCUUUCACACCAAUUUAUUCCCCAGAUAUGCCUUCACGGCUUCCAAUCCAAGACAUCUUUGCUGGACUGGUUACAAGUAUUGGCACAGCAAUACGAUACUGGUUUCAUUAUACACUUGUGGCCUUUGCAUGGUUGGGAGUAGUACCUCUUACUGCAUGUCGUAUCUACAAGUGCUUGUUUACUGGCUCUGUGAGCUCACUACUGACACUGCCAUUAGAUAUUCUAUCAACGGAGAACUUACUGGCUGACUGUUUGCAGGGCUGUUUUGUCGUAACAUGCACUCUGUGUGCAUUCAUCAGCCUUGUUUGGUUACGUGAACAGAUUGUCCAUGGAGGAGCACCACAGUGGUUGGAACAAAAUCACCAACAGCCACUCAAUGGUGUUGGUCAACAAAAUGAGGCUCAGGCUGUUGUAAAUGGAGGCGUUGAAAAUGCUGUGCUUGAUCAACCUGCUAACCCAGCUGCUGAGAAUGCAGUUGUAGGUGAGAACCCUGAAAUUCAAGAAGAGCAAGUAGAUGAAGAGGAGGAGGAUAACGAAGAUGAAGAAGAUGCUGUAGUAGAAGAUGCAGCAGAUGCAAACAAUGGAGCACAAGAUGACAUGAACUGGAAUGCUUUGGAAUGGGAUCGAGCAGCAGAAGAGCUUACUUGGGAGCGAAUGCUUGGACUUGAUGGAUCUCUAGUUUUUUUAGAACAUGUUUUUUGGGUGGUAUCUUUAAAUACAUUGUUCAUACUUGUGUUUGCAUUUUGUCCAUACCACAUUGGUCACUUCUCCAUUGUUGGCCUGGGCUUUGAAGAAUAUGUUCAAGCAUCUCACUUUGAAGGCCUGAUUACAACUAUAGUCGGAUAUGUUCUGCUAGCAGUGACUCUAAUUAUUUGCCAUGGUUUGGCAGCUCUUGUUAAGUUUCAACGAUCACGUCGUUUAUUAGGAGUUUGCUAUAUUGUUGUCAAGGUUUCCUUGUUAGUGGUGGUUGAAAUUGGUGUGUUUCCUCUCAUCUGUGGCUGGUGGCUGGAUAUAUGCUCUUUGGAAAUGUUUGAUGCCACUUUGAAAGAUAGAGAAUUGAGCUUUCAGUCUGCCCCAGGUACCACAAUGUUUCUGCACUGGUUAGUUGGGAUGGUUUACGUCUUUUAUUUUGCAUCCUUCAUCCUUUUACUGAGAGAGGUAUUGAGACCUGGUGUCUUAUGGUUUCUCAGGAAUUUGAAUGAUCCAGACUUUAAUCCUGUGCAGGAAAUGAUUCACUUGCCCAUUUAUAGACAUCUCAGGAGAUUUAUCUUAUCAGUGAUUGUCUUUGGAUCAAUUGUACUGCUCAUGCUCUGGCUUCCCAUACGCAUUAUUAAAUACCUUCUGCCUAACUUUCUUCCAUAUAAUGUUAUGCUUUACAGUGAUGCUCCAGUAAGUGAGCUUUCCCUAGAGCUCCUUCUGCUUCAGGUGGUGCUUCCUGCUUUGCUAGAACAAGGGCACACAAGGCAGUGGUUGAAAGGGCUUGUACGAGCAUGGACUGUUACUGCUGGAUACUUGCUGGAUCUCCAUUCUUACCUACUUGGUGACCAGGAAGAGAAUGAAAACAAUGCAAACCAGCAACCUAACAACCAGCAUGCUCGCAAUAAUAAUGCCAUUCCAGUUGUGGGAGAAGGUCUUCAUGCAGCCCAUCAAGCCAUACUUCAACAAGGAGGACCUGUGGGUUUCCAGCCUUAUCGUAGGCCUUUAAAAUUCCCGCUCAGGAUAUUUCUUUUGAUUGUUUUCAUGUGCAUAACAUUACUGAUUGCUAGUCUUAUCUGCCUUACCUUACCAGUGUUUGUGUUUUCAGUAUUUGCUGGCCGAUGGUUAAUGUCAUUUUGGACGGGGACUGCCAAAAUCCAUGAGCUGUACACAGCUGCGUGUGGUCUCUAUGUAUGUUGGCUAACUAUCCGAGCAGUGACAGUGCUGGUCGCCUGGAUGCCGCAGGGUCGUCGAGUGAUUUUUCAGAAGGUUAAAGAAUGGUCGCUCAUGAUAAUGAAGACAUUAAUAGUGGCUAUACUGCUAGCUGGUGUGGUUCCACUUCUACUUGGUCUUCUGUUUGAACUGGUCAUUGUAGCACCUUUGAGAGUUCCAUUGGAUCAAACACCUCUCUUCUAUCCUUGGCAGGACUGGGCUCUUGGAGUUCUGCAUGCCAAAAUAAUUGCUGCCAUAACACUGAUGGGUCCCCAGUGGUGGCUGAAAACUGUUAUUGAACAGGUAUAUGCAAAUGGGAUUCGUAACAUCGAUUUACACUUCAUAAUCCGUAAACUGGCAGCACCCGUAAUCUCUGUUCUGUUGCUUUCCCUGUGUGUACCAUACAUCAUAGCCUCUGGUGUGGUACCUUUAUUAGGAGUUACUGCUGAAAUGCAAAACCUCGUUCAGCGACGGAUUUAUCCUUUUCUGCUUAUGGUGGUGGUUUUGAUGGGAAUUCUCUCCUUCCAAGUCCGCCAGUUUAAGCGCCUUUAUGAACAUAUUAAAAAUGACAAGUACCUUGUUGGGCAACGACUUGUGAAUUACGAACGGAAGUCUGGUAAACAAGGCACAUCAACAACUCCACCUCAGUCUUCGCAAGAAUAGAUGGUCACAUUAAACAUCUUGACCUUCCCUUUGCCUUCACAUGUCCUUUUUUUCAUAGACUCUUCUUCAGUCUUUGGAUAUCUCUCCCAAUAAUGCUCUCAGCAGUGUUUUGGCUUCUGUUAAUAGCAUCCAGAUAGCAGUUAAGGCUCUGUUCCUUAUCUGCAUUUUUCUGAUGUUAUCAAUGCUGUCUGAGGUCUGUAUAUGUGUAAAUAGAAGUAUCCUGACACCCUAAAACCUUGGAUUAAAAAGAAUGUGCAUUGUACAUCUUUAAAAAAGUAUAUUAAUUUAUUAAAUCUAGUUGUCACUUUAUUUUGGACUGCUGUUCUGUUGACAAUGUGCCACAAAGCAAUAGUGCAAAAAGGCAAGAUGUUUUUAUAAAAUUUGGAGCUUACUUUAUGGCAUUCAUAACAGUUCUUACUGUAGUAAUAUAGUAUGAGUUUUCAUGAGUGGAAAAGCCACACAGAGAAUAUCAGAAGUAAAUAACUGUCUUACAGUCAGCAAUGAAGUGGCUGUGGUGAGAACAUAAUGAACUAUGUAUCUUGCUGUCAAGUCUUUUUUAUUAUUUUGUAUAACACCAAAGCUGUUGUACAUUUUUCUAUUGCCUGAUUGUUUUUCAUGUGUCUGAGUUUGUAAUAUUGUACAGUUGCUGUUAAAUCAAGAAAAUACUUCCUCUUCUGAGAAUUCAGAUGUACUUGUUGAGACUCAGCUGGGUGUUUCUGUUGGGGGGGAGGGGUUUGGGGGGAGGACGUAACGGGGGCGGUAUUGGCUUUAGGAAUCAGGAUUUCCUGAACUGAAACAGUAAAUAAAAAAUUUACUAAGGUUAGGUGAUGGAAGCAUUUAAAGGUACCAAGGAAAAUUAGAUGGGUUCAUAACUGAAAUUGUAGCCAAUUUCUUAUCAAUAAUAGAAAUUUUCAGGACCUCAGGGGGAGGGAUGAACCUUAUCUGAUGUGUUUGCACAGCAACAAAGAACAGAGUGUAAGCACCAUUCUGACCUGGUCCUUAACUAGAGAGCUUGAAAUCUUUUUUUCUGUAAGUUACCAAAGUUGCAAAUUGUAGUAUGGAUUUUAUAUUGCACAAUUACUUAAAAACAAAAAAAAAAAAAAAAAGACCUGCAACAACAAAAGUAUCUCUUUUCUUUCAGAAUUGGUCACUGUGAAUUUUUAUGGGAAUAAUAUUGGGAAAGUAAUUUAUCAUGUACCAUUUAUUGCCUGUGGGGCAGGGAAACACAUAUGCUAUUAAACAGGCAAGGAAGAGUUAGCAGAUUUCUUUGCAAGGAUACAGUCAAACGAGCCACCAAAUCAAGUCUGUGUUAUUUCUAUAUGUAGAUAAGAGUUCUUUUGCAGUAAUGUUUGGGGGAUUUUUAUGUAGAUAUUUUAAAGAAACUAUGUAACAGUAUCGCAAAGCUUUAAAUAGCAUCAAAUCACAUGCUUAGAUCGCAAUAUCUCUCAUAGAUUAAAAGGGGAAAAUGUGAGUAUCCAUUGCAGCAAUCAGAAAAUUGAUGAAGCAUUAAACUUGCUACUCGGUACACUGUCCUUCAGUAUUCCACACUUGACCAUAUGUGUAUAUAAUUAAUACUUGAGAAUCGUUUGGCAGGUGCUUCGAGAGUGUCAUCUCCUUUUAUUGAUGUUGCAUCUCUGAUCUGAUGUGUUUUGAGUUAAUGUGGUCCAGGCUGUGAUGGUGGCAGUUCAUUUUCCAGUAUCUGGACUCAUGCUCGGAGGCAGUGAGCACAAGCCAAAUGCAUCUGAAUCUAGUGACAGGAGGAUUGGGCUGUCACUAUCAGAAGGUCAGAAACUACUAUCUCACAGAAUCACUGCUGUCCUAAUGGUUUUGAACCACAAAUACUACCCUUUGGAGUGAUUUGUUAGGAAAUUUCCAGGGAAGUGAAAUCAUAGAAAAAUAAUCAAAAUGUUUGUCUCUCAUUCACUAUUGCUGACUAAAUGCUAAACUGAGUAUUCGCCCAAUAUAUUUUUGAUGUGCAUAAAUACUGCAUUUGACUAUUUACAGUGGUGUACAUUGUGGGACAGAUAUAUUUUCACAAUAUUAAAUUCACUGGUAACAUACAUUCUUUCUUACACCAAGAUCCUGUCUUUGACAUACCUUCCGUAAGCAGUUCCAAAAUGGUCUUGCCACUCAAAGAUUGCGAGCACUCCUGUGCAUCAUGCAGAAUUUGCAGAAGUGUGGUUCUUGUAACUUUGUGUUUUUAUCCAGACAAACUGGUCUUAACAUUAAAAUUUAUUAAGAAAAA